GAGGAGCUUCAUUGUCGGUGCUGGAAACCACGUGACUCAACACGGAACCUCAGUAAACGCCAGAAGCCUCGGAAAUGUCACAUUAGUCUUCUGCUGGAUUUCCAGAAAAAACACCUUAAAUCCGUCCUGUGAGUUUAGAUUACACGAAGCACUGUCCCGAUGGCGAGUGCUCCUCCUCUAGAGCCCAGUGUACCGGUGGGGUUUGCAGCUCAGCCGCCUUCUUAUGCCGAAGCUAUGAGCGCAGGACCCCAGUACCCACAAGGCACUGCGGCUCCUCAACCUCCAGUCUACAAAGCUGGAGCUCCUUACCCAGCACAGGCUUAUGCACCAAUGUAUCAGCCACCUCAACCUGUACCCCCUAUGGCAAGCCCACCUGUGGUUUCAGUGCAGACGGUGUACGUGCAGCCGACUUCGUUUGGAGACGUUCCAGCGCAGACGUGUUGCCCUGUGUGUGCUCAGACUGUAGUAACUCGACUGGAGCACAAUUCAGGCUCCAUGGCCUGGCUGGUCUGUGCAGGCCUGUGCAUUAUUGGCUGUAUAUAUGGAUGCUGCCUGAUCCCAUUCUGUGUGGACGGCCUGAAGGAUGUGACACACUUUUGCCCCAACUGCAACAGCGCCAUCGGCACGUUCAAGCGGCUCUAACGUCCUAACAGGAACCGAACGCAUAUCCACUGUACCUUUUUAUACUUUCACGCAUUCCUUGUGUUUCUUAUUACUGCAGAACAUAUAACUCACUUUAUUAUUUCACUCAAUUCUAAUAAAAAUAAGCAUCAACAUUUAUACAAUACAAAAUAUUACACUAUAAUAAAUAGGUGAAAAGAUUUAUUCCACAAGUAGAACCUUUAGUGUGAUAUUAUUAAAUCUAUACAACUGAGUUAGCUUAUUUAGUUAAGUUAUAUUUUUGUUAACUGUGAUCUCUUCAUGUAAACUGAAUAUAUGUGAAAAUGCACUCUUAAUAUUCCUUCACUCCUGCUAAAAUGAUAUCCAGUCCCUGAAAGAUGACUUAAAGAAGUGCCUUAAAGCUUUUCUUCUACUCUAAAAGUACUGAUAAAAGACAUGUCUCCUCUG